GAAAGGAACUUCCGUAUUGGCUCCACUCUCCGUCCACAGAGGCGAAUGUCGGUGUAGUUUGUUUCUGUUGUCGUCUGUGCGGGGACGCGAUCGGUCAGACGAGGUGUUUGUGUGUCAGAAAACUUUAUUCUUUGAUUUUUUUUAAAUCUUUGAUUCAUUUAUGUGUACUUUGUGACCUCUGGGGAUGUUUUGUCGACUCUUCCUGGUUUCGGCUCUGCUGCCUUGUUGCACAGCUACAGGUGAAUCCUUGACGCAUGCUCCACCACAGGAAGUGGAAGGUCUGGAGAAGGUCCUGGCCUUCGCCGGCGGCGACGUCAUUCUGCCCUGCACCUUCAGCAACAUUGCCAGCCGCGACUUUCCAACAGUUGAGUGGUCCAAGGAAGACCUGAAGCCAAACAUCAUCUUCCUCUACCGGGAUGGGUGUGAGAUUCAGGAGAUGAAAAAUCCGGCCUUUGAGUUCAGGACAAGCUUCGUGAUGAAAAACCUGGAACAUGGAGGCAUUUCCCUCAGGAUCUCCAACGUGAAGCUGUCCGAUGCCGGGAGAUACAUGUGCAAGAGGCUUUGGAAGAACUCCAUUUCAGACGUUACAACUGUGGAGCUUGUUGUGGGUGCAGUAUCUGAGCCGAAACUGUCAAUGGAACUCCUAGAGGGCGGAGGAGUGACUCUCCUUUGUGAGGCGAGCUGCUGGCUGCCAGAGCCCGACAUCACCUUUCUGGAUGAUCAGGGAAAUGAGAUCCCAGCUAAAGAAGACCCAAAAAGAGACCUAGAAGCCAGUGGAUGUUACACCGUGAGGCGUAGAGUGCCUCUCCCAACUGCAACGAACAUGAAAAUGAAAAGGGUCAUCUGCAGAGUUCACCAGCUGCAGCUCAACCAGUCCAGGGACACUGCAAUCCUCGUACCAGCCGCCUGCACGCGGUCCUGCCCUCUAACCACCUGCUACACGGUUGGAGGGGUCAUUUGCUUUGCACUGGUUUGUGCAGUCGGAGCCUUGUUAUAUUGCAAGUUCGCAGAAGUUCAAAAACUGCCAGUGGCCCAACGGGCAUCAUAUGAAAAUUCAGCCAACGCUACGACUGAAGAUCAGUUGUCCCUGUUGCAGAGCGCCCUGGCUGAAAGCAAGAGGGAGUUGGAUCAGCGGAUCAAGGAGGUGGCUGACCUCAAGUUGAAGCCUCGUGAGAGAAACGAGACCAUCCACCGACUGCAGGGCAACAUCUCCCCUCAGCUCAGUCCCAUUCUUUUGCAGCACAACCAGCGAACAAUUCCCUGCAGCUCUUCCAGUAUCUCACCCAGUGACCACAAAUCAACACCAGCGGCAUCAAUCAACAGGAACCCUCCUCCAUCUGUCAACUCAUCCCAGAAAAAGGAUCCGAAAACUGGCAUCCUAAGGCAGCACAGCUAUCCAGGACUGAUCAAAAACAGCAGCCCGGAUCUGUCCAGUUCUUCAGUCCGCACAUCAGAGACAAAAACAAAUCCAAACCCCUCCAAGCCCCAGCGUAGACAUUCCAUUGGGUUUUCAUCAGCGGCCCUGUAUAAUAACCGCUACAGUCCCCUGGCAGGUCUCACAGAAGAGUCAUGAGAGAAGGUAACAUGAAGCAGCACAAGCUUCAUGUCUGAGUUUCCCCAAAUCAAACAUACCUAAAAAUACGUCAAGCUUAAGUGGGGCCGUUUGUAAUUUGGUUAGGGUUUGGUUUUUAAGUUUAGUAAAUAAGAUAAGAAUAUUGCUGUGUAGUAUUUUCUAACGAGCUUGGAUCAGAGGUUUAAUCAAGUAAUUCCGUUGGAAAUAUCAAAUCAUGAGAAAUUUAUUUCACCAGUGUUUUAGCUCAGUUUUAGAUUAAAAGUUUCAUUUUAGUUUUACGUUUUCGUUGCAUUUCCAGUUUCUAUGCUAAGCUAAACUAAGCUAAGCACAAGACAAAUCAGCUCUGAGGUCGACUUUCUGUCUCUCAGCCACAAUGAGACGUUCCAGUUCAGCCAAUUACCAGUUUAUCUUUGAUAAAGCUCUUAAGAAACAAACUCCAGUGUCAGAACCUGCUGGGGCUUUAGUCAGGGCCGUGUUAAAUGGCGUUUGAUGUUUGCUUUAGUUUGCAAUGACAAGGAACACAACGAGCUAUUUUAAGGAUUCCAGGAGACGUGACAAGCUUUGAACCAAUGAACGACCUCAUUCUUACUGUGUUGUCGGCCUCAGACAUGCGACACCUGCUGCACAGGUGCGCCUAUGUAGGUCCAGCUGGGAGUAGAGGUACUGAGGGGCUGCAGCAUCCCCUACUGGCAAGUGGUUGUAACUACAAGUCAAAAAAGGUUUACUGAGAAAGAUCAAUUUAGUUUUGUUUUUUUAACUUUCAUUGUCUAUCUGACUUCCAGCAUCCCUGGUUUUGUUUUUGCUCUUAUUUGAAACCUGUUCUUUGUUUUAAACACUAAAAUACAUACGCACUUACUUUUGUCGCUACGGAUCAAACGACUGUAGUCUGAACUCGUAUCGUCUCCAAGAAGAGUCGAGAAAAGAUCGCUGUCCUUUUUUUGCACUUUCACCUUUUUGCCUCCACAGAACCAUUUCAGAAAGGAUUUUUUCACCUGCGCAUUAUUUCACUGUUGCUUUAUGGUAUAUUUAUAUGAACGUGACUCGGGAGGUUUUCACUUCACUGUACAUCUAUGGAAUAACAAAGGAUGGAGGAGUCAGGAUUUACAGUCAGAUUGUACGUCUGGUGAUGUAUGCAUGGGUUCAUUUAUUUAAAUCUAAAUUAAUUCUUUAUUUUAAUGCAAUAUUUGUUUUAAUUAUGAAUUUACAUUUUUGUAUAUAUUUUAUAAACAGUGUUAUGAAAUUAAAUAAAGCUCUUUCUUUGUUUAA